UUCAGACAGAAGGUCCGACUCUGGUGAAAUUGAAUCAUUUCUGUCGUUUACUCCGUUGGAAGUUCUCGUGUUACCGAUUUCAUACCUCGACAUUGGUCUACACGCUUCUUGCAGAGUAUCAUCAUCGGCUUCUCAAUAGAAAUAAUUUUUCAGUGGAGUUAAAAACCGCGGGCUGAGCGGUAUUCACCUUUGUUGAGAUUCAGCGUGAGAUGAAAAAUUAGUUACGAUGAAUCCGAAGUUGAACAGCAUUGAAGCCGAAUAUCUGGAUAUCAUGCACAGGAAUGGGUGGCCCCUGAUUUAUCAGAGGGUCGGUCAGGAGUGUCAAAAGCUCCCGUACACUUGUGUGGAGGCGAAGAGGCCUCACAACAAGGCGCUGAACCGCUACCGCGACGUGAACCCGUACGACCACAGCCGCAUCGUCCUACAGCGUAGCGAGAACGAUUACAUAAACGCUAAUCUCGUUAGGAUGGAAAGCGCUGAUCGCCAGUACAUCCUGACUCAGGGACCGCUUGCGUUCACCGUAGGCCACUUUUGGCUGAUGGUCUGGGAGCAGAACAGCCGCGCCGUCCUAAUGCUGAACAAGGUCAUCGAGAAAAACGAGAUCAAGUGUCACUGGUACUGGCCCCAUGGAAACGGCGAACAGCACAAGAUGGUGCUACCAGAUGUGAAUCUUAGCGUCGAACAGAUAAGCGAGGAGGAAUGCCCAAACUACUCCAUUCGGGUGCUUAAGCUAUGCGAUCUGGAGAGCUCCGAGAGUCGCGAGGUCAUCCAGUUCCAUUACACAACUUGGCCCGACUUCGGAGUGCCGUCUUCUCCUCACGCAUUCCUCGAAUACUUGAAGAAGAUCCGCGAUGCUGGCGCUUUGGAGAACGAUGUUGGGCCAGCGGUCGUGCAUUGCAGCGCCGGCAUCGGUCGCUCUGGAACGUUCUGUCUCGUUGACUCCACUAUGGUUAUGAUACAAAAGGCCGAUGUGAAGUCUAUCAACAUCGAGCACAUUAUGCUUGAGAUGCGCAAGUAUCGCAUGGGUCUAAUUCAGACACCUGAUCAGCUGCGUUUCUCGUACGAGGCCAUCAUCGAGGGGGCGAAGAGGGAGGACCCCAACUACGUACCUUCCAAUAUGGUCGAGAGCGUGUACUCGCCGGUGACUGACGUCGAAGAUGAUUGUCCUCCCCCGCCUCCUCCGCGCGGUGAGAGCCUCUGUCGCCCUCCUGCUCGUCCCUUGCCCGCGAUUCCUUCAAGCAUGUCUCUAGGCGAACUUCACCUGAGCGCUCCCGUCGAGUCUUCGAGCUCUGACGAAUGUCCCCCCACUCCCCCAGAAUUAGAACUACCGCCCUUCUCUUCAGCCGACGAAGAUGAAGAACAGUCCGCCGUCCAGCCCGAGAGCAGCAGCGGCGCCAAGACGGAGACACUGCGCCGUCGUCGCAUCCGCGAGCUGUCCGAGCGCGUCUCUCUGAUGAAGCGACGGGCCCGCGACGCCGAACGAUGGCACAACCUCAAGAGGUCUCUCUACAAACCCCUCACGAUCACCUUCGGCUUCAUCCUCGCCGGCAUUGUCAUUUAUUCAUACGUCAAACACUAAUCAAACACUAAUGCAAUUACAUAAAACAAACUCGAUACACCUGGAGGAAAAUACGCGCCGGAGCGUUCGCGUAUAGCAAAGCAUAAUAGCGCGAAAUUCGACGUUGACUAUCACAUAAAUAAGUUAGAGAUGCCAGCUCAAACGUUUUUCCCUAAAUAUAGGAAAAAAAAGAACCAAAAAUUAUUUUCUAGGGGAAAUAUGUGUUUGAUAAACGAAGGAGCAUGGAAUUGAACGUCAUAUAGAAGAUAUGUCCUUCAUCGAAUAGUAAUUGGCAACAGUGAUUGCACCGAAGUAGGAGCAUCGGUUUUUGUAUAACUCGCACGAUGCGGUGGGAUGCUACUCUAGGUUCAAUCACUGAAACCCUUUAAUCUAAACCGCUAACUUAUACGCGAAGGCUCCCGGUCAAUCCUUUACGAAAUGGUUAUCUUUACUUUUCAAUUUGUUCGUCGGCAAUCAAUCGAGAACACUGUGUUGUGACGAAAUACGAGGACUCUGUCUGCCUUGCGUUACUCCUUCGAAUGUCAAAACAACAACAAAUUGUUAAAUAUUUAAGUAUAAAAACGAAACGCAGAGUUAAUGUCGUUUUGUUGGCAACACACGGCCGCCAUAGUAGCGAGGUGACCAUUUUGAUACUUUUAUAAAUGAAAUAAUCACGCCGUUUCGGUAUAAAGCUAGAGCUGUGAUUCCUUCUUUUUUUAACGAGUUAUCGUAUUUUAUUAAUUUUAAUUUAUAUAUAUUUUUUAUCAACUCAUUUGGUCGUAUAUUAUUCUUAUUAAAUAAAAAAGAAACUUGUCAGCAUUACGAUAAUUCAUAACUCUACAGUUUAUAUACUUUAAAAUCAAAAGCUUGAAAUUUACUCUUUGUUACGGUAAUACAAUAUAUUUGUAUCUCAUUCGACAAAACUAAGAGAAGGCAAAUAGAAAACGUAAAACAAAAAAUAGUUAAAACAAACAUUGAUCACUAAAAAAAGUUAUUCCAGUAUAAAUACAACCCCGUGACGUCACUUGACAGUUCCGAAUGUAACGUGGUCCUUUAAAAAACACCAAGACGAAGUCAGUAUGAAAACUUCCACGGCUUUAAUUAACUUAUAUAUUAGAGAAAUAGCGUAACCAAGAAAAUGUGUUUUCUUCGUUUUAGAGAAAUUUUAAACUAGGGCGCCUUAAUGACUAUUUCUCUAUCCAUUUGGGCCGUUUAAAUUACGUUUCACUGAACUAAUUAAUUGCGGCUGAUAAAUAAAUUGCUAAUUUAAAAAACAAAUAAGCGUGGAAACAAACACAAAUGCAUCACAAAACAACAUUGAAAUAAUUAUUUGUAUCAUUUGGUUAAAUGGAAAAAAAAAUAAAGCAUGUAACAUAAUAUACUAUAAAACAUUUUUGGAAUUACUCAUGAAGCAAAUUUUACUAAAUCAGCUAACGUAAUUUAUAUCGUUUAGUUUAACCCAAACUUUGAAUGAAGAAUUUUGAAUUUUGAAGAAUUUUUUUAUAACACAGUUCGCUGCUGAUUGGUAGCAUAGUGGAAUGGUUCUGUGAAUGCCUAGAAACGAUUUAAUAUUCGACUUUAGUUAUAGGUUAUAUUUUAAAUUAACUUUAUUGUUUGUAAAAAAAACUUUGACAAUAACUAUAUCCGACAUGAAAUCACGGAUUUAUAGUAGUACCGGAUUGCGCAUUUUCAUUGACCAUUCGAAUUUAUACCCUCAGUGGUAAUGUUAAAGCUUUACUGUAUAUUACAUGUGCAGUUAGAAAAUCGGGUCAGGUGAGAAGUCCCGAAGCAGUAUUGUGUUCUUAUCUAACAAGUUGCCUUCCCUAGUAAAUCCUAAGUAAAAUAUUCUUUGAGUUUUUUUUAAUCGAAAUUUUUUAAUACGUUUUACAAAAAUACAUAUUUUUCUUUUUUUAAAUUAAACCUAGUAUCGUCAAAGAAUGUAGGUUUUAUUAUUUAUUUAUUUUUUUAAUUAACGAAAAUCCAGGAAAUCAUAAUGUUUUUCAUAAAGAUAAAAUCAAAGUGGAUAGCUGUUUUUGGCAUCAACGUUUGAAGCCGUUGAUGAUGAUAGCGUUUCAUAAAUGUUAUUCUCAAAUUUAAAAUGUUAGAUAUUUACUGCUUUAACCUGAUUACGACUUAUCUCUUUACAGGAUAGCUGUUUUCGUUGAAUAAUUUUAUAGUAGGGUGACCAUAACUCAUGGCGCUGUCUGGAUCACUAUCGAUAAUAUACUGUGACCAAUUUAUAUUCUAGUUGAUUCACAAAAAUAUAUACAAAUAAAAAUCGAAAUUAAGCGAAACUAUCUUAAAUUAACUAUAUUCAACAGAUUUUUCCGAUCUGAACAAAGAUAUACAAUAUAAUAGUAAAUAUAGUUAUAUACCAAAUUAUUUAGUUACAAAAAAGGUUUCAGUGUAAAAAAGAAACUUAUUAAUUUUUUUUUUGGUAUAGAAUUAUAUGACUAAUUAAUAACUAACGCAUUAACCUCGUGAAACCUGAACAUAAAAGGAAACAUAAAUAAUUAUCAAACACGCCUCAAGUUUCGGGCACAGUGUAAAAAUCUAACAAUAU